GCGCUAUGGAAAUCCGCUCCCUGCCUGGCUGCGGGCAAUACUAUGGUUUACAAGCCAAGCGAAUUUACGCCGCUGCAUGCACAAACCUUAGCCGAAAUCUACACGGAAGCCGGUCUACCCGACGGCGUAUUCAAUGUUGUCUACGGUGCCGGCGACGUUGGGGCGUACUUGACUGCUCAUCCUACGAUUGCAAAAGUUUCCUUCACAGGCCAAGUAUCCACGGGCAUGAAAGUGGCUGGAUCCGCCGCUGGCAACAUGAAAUAUGUCACCAUGGAAUUGGGCGGCAAGAGCCCCCUCAUCAUCUUGCCGGACGCGGAGCUCGAGAAUGCCGUAGACGGGGCCAUGAUGGCAAACUUCUAUAGUACCGGUCAGGUAUGUACUAAUGGUACUCGGGUGUUCAUCCCCGCUAGCAUGAAGACCACGUUUGAGAGGCGCCUUCUGGAAAAGAUGCAGUACAUCCGUCCUGGGCCUUUAUUUGAUGACUCAACCAACCUCGGUCCCUUGAGCUCGGCUUUACACCUCGAGAAGGUACUCUCUUACAUCCGCCACGGUAUCGAAACAGACAAUGCUACUCUACUUUACGGCGGUUUGGGCAAGCCAAGUGUUCCGAAGGAGUUGGAAUCAGGAUAUUGGGUGCGCCCGACGGUCUUCACUGACUGCACAGAUGACAUGCGCAUUGUUCAAGAGGAAAUAUUCGGCCCUGUGAUGUCUAUUCUAUCCUAUGAGACGGUGGAAGAGGCGGUCAGGCGAGCGAAUACCACUGAGCUCGGCCUAGCUGCGGGAGUCUUUACCAAGGAUCUCAACAUGGCCCAUCGCGUUAUUGACCAGCUACAGGCGGGAAUUACUUGGAUCAAUAGCUGGGGUGAGAGCCCUGCUGAGAUGGCCGUUGGUGGCUGGAAGAAGAGCGGGGUCGGAGUUGAGAACGGACGCAAGGGUAUUGAGGCAUGGGUAAAGAAUAAGAGCACCCUCGUUGAUAUGAAUGGAGCGGUAGCCACUGUCUUCGCCAAGCUGUAA